CGGUAGUAGUCUGUGCUCGGAUGUGGAGAGUUGAAGCAGAAUUCGAUGAAUUCGAAACCCGUCACCGCGUACCUCGUAUCACUGCAGCAGCUGAAAGGAUGAGUCACUCUCCUGGGACUGGAUCAGCGGUCCACACAGUGUCCAAUGGGCUUGACUCGCCAGGGUCCCUGAGCUCCAGUGAUGAGGAGUGCUCUAACGGCCUCCAGCCCACCAAAUGCGCCGAGAGGGUCCCUGGGUGUGGGCUGGAGCCCGCAGCCGUAUCCCCCGCAGAGAGGGAGUUGAACGAGGGGGAAAUGGAAGGAGGAAGACAACCACCAUGUGAGGAGGGAUGCGUGGACACCACUGCUGUGAGCCUGUGUACCACCGACCCGUCCGACGCAGGUUCACCCCACGAAAACAGACCCUACACAGAACUAGUCUACGCUGCUGCAGCGGGGAACCCUGCAGCCAAAUCCCUGAAGGAUGUUAAGAGAGAAGAGAGAGUAGGAACGAAGCAGGUGGAUGAGCAGGAGGAGACAGCAGGGACGCGUGAGUGCUCUGCAGCUGCACAAGUGUUUUUGCCCCCUGCUGUGCGAGACGGGCUGCCCCCAGAUGUACCCUCUGAGGAGCACGCUGGUAGCCCCAGCCCCCUGCAAGGCCACAAAGCCUCCCACCCCCCACACGUGAUGGCACAGGUGCAUGUGCGAGCGGCACCGGAGCGGGAGCGGAUCGUACGAGGCAUGCAGGACAGUAAGAGUCUGGAUGAGAUCAGCCAGGCGUGCGGGGGGGCACGGGGCCCGCCUGAGGGCCGCAGGGCCACCAUCUCCAGCGCUUUGGAACUAGAAGGAACAGUUAGCCACGAUGGGGAUGUCACUCACUUCAUCACGAGGAACCUGGAGCACAAGAUCAAGAUGAGUUCCAGACCUAGUCUGGACUCUGAUAGCCACGGUCGGGCUCAGAACCGAGGACUGUUUGACCGCUCAGGGCAGAGCCGGGGGUCGCUCCGGCCGCCAGCAGAUAUCCCCCCAAUCGAUCCGGGGGUCUUGCUGGACCUGCACAGACAGGCACAGGAAGUGGCCCAGAGUGUGGAACUGGUGAUGCGCGGCCUUGGGAGAACCAUCCAGAAUAUGACGGCACUGAGCGUAGGUUACAUCCAAACUUACCGGGAUUCGGUGGACAGUGUUGGGGAGUCGGUGGACAUGAGCAUAAAGGGAAUGUACACUCUGAUGGCACGCUGUGAGGAACUGGACCGCUCCAUGCAGCCCAUUCACGCUCUGGCCAAGCAGAUCCGUGACAUUAAGCAAACGCUGGACAUCCUGGAGACACUUUGCAAAUAAACCCUCCCUACUCCCAGCUCCAGGCCUCUGCUAAACAGCAGCCAUUUCCCCCGAUUGACUCCCGCCGUCCAGCUCCAUAGUGUGUGCGCAAGCAAGCUAUUGCACAGGAGGGCAAUUCCCACUGGCCCCUUAGUCUGGGCUGUGUGUGUGCGCGUUUGUGUGUUUAUGCAUAUUCCUGUAUGUAUGCAUCAGGGGAACUGUCACAUAUGACUGUUGGUAUGUUUUAUUUCAGGGUUCUGUCUGUGUUUGUAUAUAUACCAUGAGUGUCUAGGUUUUGUGGGAUUCUCUGCGUGCGUGCGUGCGUGCGUGUUUUUGUUGUCAGCCCCAGUAUGAGCACAGUGUGUGAUUAGUGUUUCUUGCAGGAUGAAGACAUUAAAAGGACUGGAGGUCUUUCGCUCCAGAGGCGCAGGGUUUGAAGGUGUGAAAUGCUGGGUAAAAGUUAUCAUUUUGCUGACCUGCUGUGCCAGGUCUGAUGACAGGUGUGUUUCCAUGGUGACAAGGACAGGAUGUGGAAGCUUUGUGUCAUUCUGUGUAUAUGAUUGUUGACCUUGGAAGAAGCUCAUGAUAAAUGGCUGCUCUGCUUUUAAUGGUAUUAAGUUUGGGGUGGGGGUGGUGGGGGUCAACUCGGGAGCAGCCUCCGCUUUCUGCCUGCACUGCUGUACAAUCUGUAAAUCUGUGUUGCAUUUGUAAA